GCCGCCAUAUUGGGGAAAGAAAAGCCGGCAGCAUGUCGUCAAGUGUUACAACAUUUUUAUCGGAACAACAAAGAAGGAGCAGCGGAGAAUUAGCAACAGAAUGGGCAGAGUUAGAAGACCUUUACUCAAAAAAACUUUGGCAUCAGUUGACAUUAAAAGUUUUGAAGUUUGUAAAGAAUCCAGCAUUGGCAACAGGAGACACUUUAAUACAGAUAUACAAGAACUUUAUAGCUGAUUUUGAGCACAGAGUAAACCCCCUGGCAUUGGUAGAGAUUAUUCUAUAUGUGGUAGACCGAAUUCAAGAUCCACAAGAGGCUAUUCAAUUUAUAGAAAAGAUCAGAGAAAAAGUAAAGGGUAAUGAGGAAGCUGUAGCCUUGUGUCUGACAGCUGUUGGCAACAUCCAUAUCAAACAGAGAAAUCUGGAUGCAGCAAAAAAGAUAAUUGAGGAGGCCACAGGUAUUCUUGACAACUUUGAUGGCAUAACUACUGUACACAGUAGAUUCUAUGACCUAACCAGUAACUAUCACAAAUUGAUGGGCAACCAUGCGGAGUAUUACAGGGAGGCACUAAGGUAUCUAGGCUGUACCACACUGGAUGAUGUACCUGAGAACUUAAAAACCGAAAGAGCAUUUAACCUGGCCUUGGCAGCACUACUUGGUGAAAAUAUCUACAAUUUUGGUGAAUUGCUAGCACACCCAAUCUUGAAUUCCCUGAAAACUCCAGACAGGCAGUGGCUGGUAGACUUUCUGUAUGCUUUCAAUGCAGGCAAUCUCAACAAGUUUGAAGCACUUAAACCACAGUGGGCUAAGCAGCCUGAUUUAGCUGCAAAAGAGAUCUCUCUAAGACAAAAGAUUUGUCUGCUGUGUCUCAUGGAGAUGACAUUCAAGAGACCUGCCAAUCACAGACAGUUGACAUUUGAUGAGAUUGCAAAUGAAACCAAACUACCACUUACUGAGGUUGAGCUGUUGGUCAUGAAGGCACUGUCCCUUGGAUUGGUUAAGGGGUCCAUAGACCAGGUAGAACAGAAAGUGCACAUGACCUGGGUCCAACCUAGAGUACUAGAUGUAGACCAGAUCUCCACUAUGAAAACUAAACUCGACCAGUGGUGCCAAGAUGUGACUUCAAUGGAGGUAUUGGUAGAAAACAAGGCUCAUGACAUCCUCACAUAACUCUAUCAGAGAAAUAUAAAGACUUUGUCAUGGGGAACAUUUACGAAAGCAAGUUUAUGUUGGACAGCAAAAUGAUCUUGUGCAUACAUUAAAAAUGACAGUGCCAGCUUGUGGAAAAUCUAGAAACUAAUGAUGACAGGUGUUAUGUUUAUAUUUCUACUGGGACUGGCAUAUUGUAUUUUGGGCACAACUGGUGUACUUUGAAGUUUGCAAAGUCUAGACAAAUGAAUGUCACCUGGACUUUUAGUAUGGAAGAAUAUGUAUAUUUGAAUCACUUCUCAGAUAACAAGUCAAAUAAAGUAACCAAAAACCA